AUGAAUUUCCAAAGUUCACCCGUUUUCGAUCCGAUAAGAGUGUUAAUAUUUAAUGGUUUAUCCCCAACAUCUAAAUUAAUUAUAGCUAAAAUAAUGUCGGGAUUUGUGUUUGGCCCAUGUCAAUUGAUUGAUCUCUCUAUUGUCGUAUACUCGAAUGAAAUUGAUAAAGCGGAGAUGUUAAAAACUGAAAUAGAAUCGUGUGCAUUUCCUUGUGUGAAUUCAGUCAAAGUUUCUUCUGAUUUACCUAGUAUUUCAGAUGGCGAUGUUUUCUGCUUCAUAACCAAUUUUUCAAACCCCAACAUGUUUGAUUUCGAAAACAAUGAAACAGAUGAAUGUUUUGAUACAUUAUAUCUUCUGACUAAACUAGCAAAUAAUUUUAGUUGGAAUGAGAAAGACCGAGCAGAAUCAGAGGAAAAAACAGGAAAUUAUUUGCCUGGAAAAUUAAAGCAAUCGCCAAAUAAGAUACAAAAGCGAAAACCAAUUUUCGUUGCAGAUGGUUUAAUUGCUAUAGAUAUCCUGUAUUCAUUAUCAAAGAAUAUGCCGUCAGAUGCAUUUUUCUGCUUUAAUUCGUUAACAGCAAUAGGAAAAUCAGUACUUGGAGAAUAUUUAAAUGUUCAAUGUAAGACUAUCAAUGAAAUACUUGUAUGGGCGGCAAAUGAUGAAGUAUUUCACAUCGAAGUCGAAAAACCUUUAUUAAUUCAUGAUGAAGUAGGCGAGACAUCACUAUGCGAUUCAGGAAUGAUUGGUAAAGACUUCUUAGAAUCUUUGAAUUUGGAUCCCACUCAAUUCAACGCUACUUGGAUGAAAAAGGAUUUCAUUGAUAAGGUAGCAUCAAUCGCACAAAAAAAUCCUUACGGAAGUAUUUAUAAGGCAGCGGAAUUUGCUAAAACCCUGAGAGAUAUUUGGAAAACGCGUGAUCCUAAAAACGGGAUGAAAACACACAGCUGUAAUAUGGGCGUCAUUAGUGACGGCUCUUUAGGUACAGAAAAAGGACUUCCAUACAUUUUACCAGUUAAUUUUAACGAUGAGAAGUGGAAUGUGAGUAAAAUACAUUUCCAAGACAACGCACAUUUAAAACAAGAGUUAAAAAGGAUAAAUUCGGCAGCAAAGAAACAUCACAAGAAGUUGAUAACUCAUUGCAAAAAGUUUCUAGAGGAAAAUGUCAUUAAUCAAGCCUUUAUACCGUCGGACAUUGAUAGUGGAUCAGUAUAUUGA